AUGCGAGAUGAAGGCGUAAAGCGGUGAUCACCGUUCACAACAGUCGCUGAUUAUCGUCGUGACAGUUCGAAGAUACAAAUCGAAGGUUUCCACGAAUCGGUACGUAUCGGUCAACCGAGCUCGUUCAUUAUCGAUGCCACAAAAACGGCAGCUUUACCAGUUGACGCACGUCUUCCAGUUGGACAGCAACAGCCCACCAUCGAGGAGGUCGAACCAAGGCGAUAUCGAUGCACGUUCACCACUUCUGGUAAAGCUGGUGAUGUGAUACCGCUCGAAGUAUUUUAUGGUGGUGAGCCCAUUUCGAGC